CCAUACCGACUUCCUUCUACCUUAAAGAGAGGAAAUCACACUCGUAGUGAGAGGAGGAAAGGAGAAGGAGCAGCAAAUUAGAUUAAAAAACAAAAAAACAAAAAAACAAAACCAAACAUGUGUUGUAUGGGGAAAUGUGCCCGCCUGGUGGGCUUGAUCCUGUUGCCCACAGCGUUCAUCUGCAUGAUCGCCAACCUGCUGCUGUUCUUCCCCGACGGGAAGAGUCUGGAGAAUGAUCAGAUCUCCCUCCAGGUCUGGCUCAUGGGGGGACUCAUCGGAGGAGGCCUCUUUAUGCUGUGCCCGAGCUGCUCAGCUAUCAGGGCCGGGGGCAAGGGUUGCUGUGGAACAGGUUGCUGUGGCAACCGUUGCCGGAUGCUGAACUCCGUGUUCUCGUCUGCUUUUGGCCUGGUUGGAGCGAUCUACUGCACCAGUGUGGCCUCAGCCGGUCUGGCUAUUGGACCCAAGUGUUUGGUGAACGGUGAAUGGGAAUACCCCUUUGAAAACCUCGGCACAGGUAAUAGCAGCUACCUUGUAAACCAGACUCUGUGGACAGUCUGCGAGUACCCUAAGAACAUUGUGAUGUGGCACGUCGUCCUCUUCUCCAUACUGCUGACCAUGGGUGUGGUUCAGCUGGUGCUCUGUGGCAUCCAGGUGGUCAACGGAUGCUUGGGAUGUCUCUGCGGGGACUGUCGCGACAGCAAAGAUGAUGACGGCGGAUUGUGAAAGUGAAGAAGAUUGCCCGGUUGUGACUUCAGGUCGGGAGGCAGUUUUUGUUUCACAAAGUCCAUAUUCAGGGAUUCCUUUCUGUGAAACAUGUUGAGAUUUUAUUUUGAUACCUAAUGCUUUUGUUCAGUUGGCUUUUUUAAAAUCCAAAUCUCCAUUAUUGUAUGAAUUUUACUCUAGCUGAGGGUUUGUGUGUAUUGACUGACUUAUUUUUGGUUGAAUUCUUCAUUAAAAUCAAGUCAUUUCCAUAAUGAACUCCAAAUGGUAUGACAUACAAGGAUCAAGGCGUAAUUGUAAAUAAUUACAUGUGUUUGUUUUAUGUACCUCUACAUCAGGUGAAUGUGACAACACAACAAGAGAUCAUGACCGAUUAUGUACUAUUUAGCCAUGUUUAAUGAUUGGAUUUGUGCAUAAUUUGUGAAGUCAGAGAAGUUAUAUCAGUUCUGUGCAACAUUAAAAACUUGUUUUCUUGAUCAUUUUUUAUGUGAACUUUGCCCGCAUUGAUAUUUACGGAAACCCUGUGCACUCUGUAACUCCAGUUGUGGAUGUUCUCUAGUCAAUUACUCACCUCAUGCUGUGCCCAUGCAGCCAGACAGCCAGAUCUAACAGGAUUAUUGUGCGUAGAGACAAGGUCAGAGGUCAGAAUGCCCCCUGUGGACACAGUGGACACUGCAGCUGCAUAAACAGUUCAAGAUCUGGACCAGCAGCGCCUGUUAGGUGCAGGUUAAGCUCAUAAUCUUUUGUUGCCAUGGAGCUUCUUCGUGGUAAUUGUUACCUAACUUUAAAGUUAAAAGCCUGUUGCAGAGCUGCACCCAGGUAAAUAUAGACACACAAAGUCUCUUGAGAGAGACCAAAUAACCCAAAGCUGUUGCUCAAAGCUAAAGCCAAAGUCACUGCCACUACAGGUGAAUACAUUGACUCAUUGCAUCAUAAAUAAUGUCUUUUGUGAUGUUUUUUGUGUUUAAACACCUUUUCAGUAACUUACACAUUUUAGAAAAGUGUUUCUUUUUUCAAACUGUUCACAUACUUCCAGGACAGGGAGGGGAAAUUAUGUUGGUGUGGAAAUAAUGCCUGUGCACAACACCGUGACCAUCUAAGCUAACUCACUGGCCUGUGUUAUGCAGCUCUCUUAUAUAAUGCACAGCACAAAGCGAGGAAGGAGCAUAAGUGAGAAGAAUUUGGAAUAAAAGAAUGGUUGGACAAAGGGAGGAAAACGGGAAAGGGGCCCAGUCUCAGCCACUUCUCAUGCAAAUCGUAGCCCCUCUGAAAGAAACUAGAGAGGCAAAGAAAGUGUAAUUUAAUGACAUGGCGGACAAACACUGGUGUAAGUGCGUGCAUGCGAUGAGGGACCCUUGAACAACAGAGAGAGCUUCCUUCAAAAAUACAAAAAAGAGGAGGAACAAGAGAAAAUAACAACAAAAAGCAGUCAUUAGAGCACAAAAUUCUUCUGUCAUAUCUGCCUUGUGCACUCGGUUAGACCCAGUGGUGAGGCCAUUAUUUUGAAAUGUGCCCAUUUCCCAAAAUUGAGCCCCUCUUCUCUCUGAUUGAUGUUUUUCAGGCUUGACUGACAUAACAAAGAGAAAAACAGGGUGACAUGGAGCAGCCAGUAUGGACCAGACCAGCUCAAACUGAAUUUGGACAGAGCAGGACAAUGGUAGAAAAUGAAAUCUGCUGAUGAUAAAAGCUUUUAAUUGAACAAGGCCAUCCCUGUUCUCACUUUUCCCGUCUGUUCCUUGAAAUCUACUCAGUACACCCACAACUGUGGCUUCAAUUUAAAAGCAACAGUCAUGCUGAAACUGGUGGCACAAACUGUGACACACGUAAGUGAUAGCUCAGCGGUGUCCACCACCCAAUAAUUAUGUCAACCACGUAAUGAAUGAUCCAAGCCCAGCCACAAAGUAGACAGUCAGGUACACUCAGCAGGUCUGCAAGCAAUUUUAUUUACAACUCUUUCAUGAGUUGUACAAAUUAUUUUUUAAACUAAUUUUCCAAUUAUGUAAUUGUACUUUUACACCUCUCUGGUAAAAGCAUCUUGGUGUUGUUUUUGAAUGUGCUCUAUAGAUAAAUGGACUUGAUUUAACUGCUCAGCACACUGCACUGAUAUUCAGCCAAAUUAAAAUGACAUUUUAUAGUAGGAUCACACAAAAAAAGCCAAAAAAGUAUGUAGCCAAAGCUUCUUUGUCAGGUCUAAUAGCAAUUUCUGCUAAGGUAACAAUUGCUUAAAGAUGCUGACAGCACCCGUGUUACUGGCACUAUAAUAUCAUACAACCCUGAAACAUGAUAUUUUACACUUGGACCACACAUUAGCAACAAGACAUCGCGUCACUUGUGUCCGUCAUUCCUUAACAGCAACCAAGAGCAAGACAAACUGCUGAACUGCAAGCUGCUGUUCACUAGCUUUGCUCUGCAUGGGGCUGGGAGGUUUAAGUCCAGUUGGUUAAAUGAAGUCACGCACAAAGAAGGCACCCUCAAAAUCUGCCCUACAAAGGCAAGAGGCUGAAACUAAAUAUUUGGUUAAAAUUUUGUUUUUUUAAUUGGCCAGUUAAAGCAGGUAGACUAUAACUUUAGCUAGCUGAUGUGAUCGACACAGAUAUCUUUAGGUAAAGCUAAAACAAAAUGUAUUGCAUGAAUGAUCUUGGUAAUUCCAUACAACUAAAUGAGCCAGCAGCUAAAUCCAAUCACGAUGGAGACAAAAUCCUUCUGCUGUGAAGGUCUGUUUUUCCAAAAAGUACGCUCUUCCUGGAGUUAUUUGCCUGUAGUAUAAUGUGUAAUGUUGUGUAUUUGGACAUACAGGAAAGGAAGGAAUUCAAGUGACAUUUGUCGUCAUAGUCAGGUGACCUUAAUCGUCAUGGUAACAAUAAUAAACUACAGAUGAUUGACACUGUAUAAUGGCUUGAUUAGGUUUCAACAUCAAAACUACUUGAGUUUAGGAAAAAAUAUCAUCUUUAUAUCCAUAUAAUCCAUAUGACAUCUUGGUAAUAGUUUUUCCAAAUAAGGCAGCAGUUAAAUUUACGCUCAUGGUAACUAUUUUAGCGUUAGCAGAUCUCUCCUGACUGCUCAACUUUUCCCUCUACUAGAGUUCAUAGAGUUCAUAUGCUUUAGUGGAGUUAAGCUACUUUUAAUUUACAUGUAAGAAGUUGUAA